GAGGAGUUUAACUUACAGUAACAGCCUAAAGAACAGCAGAGUUCACAUUGCAUUGGAAUAAGAGGGAGACUUAAACAAGAUUUAUGUCAUCAUAGCUAGAACUAUUGUAGAGGACUUUGGACUGAAAAAUUUGUAUGAGUCUUUGUGAAAGUCAAAGGAGAUUAGGACUGAUGGAUGUACUUUCAGCCCUGUUGCUUUGCGUUCUUCUCUGCGUUGCGGUUCAAGCAAGCACUGAGCACCACUCUUUAACUCUCGCUGUGCCCCAUCGGAUAUAUGAGUGUCCCGAGGGUGCCAAUGUCACUAUGACAUGUAUCCAGUCUGGAUCAAAGGCUCACCCGGAGGACAGGUUUCACCGUACCUGGCUCUUCACGUCUCACACGAAGGAGCGCUGUCACAAGGGCACACAUCCACGUGGGGUCAGGUACACCAAUCGCUCAUUGGGUGUAGAAUACAGCGUCAGCGAGCAGCUCUACUCCAUCACCCUGCAGAACCUCAAGCACCUGGACCAGGGGAGAUACUGCUGCCUGUUUCUGGACAUCCAAAACAAGCACAAGGUGGAACAGGAGGCCCAUAACUAUAUCUACUUGACUGUGAUGCCAGUAACGAGAACUCACAACGGCAGUCUGAAGUGUUCUGAGAUGACCCACAAUCCUUCAGAUGACUCUGUGGCUGAAGGUUUUGCUAUUGCAGCAUGUAUCGCUUUCAUUCUGUGUCUCCCUCUCAUACUGUUGCUGGUUUACAGACAGAGACAAACAGCAGUUCGAAGCAGAUGUGCACAUGAGUUAGUGCGUAUGGACAGUGAAGCGAUGGGGCAUGAGAACCCGGUAUUUCUAGGGGAUUCUCCACAGUCUAGAACUCGGACUGUAUCCCAAAUUAUGCGUCAGUCAUCAGAAACAGGACGGCACCUGCUGUCGGAGCCCGGAACGCCUCUCUCUCCUAACAUACAAGGGGACGCCUUCUUCCCUGCGCAGGAACCUAUCCCUGAGUCUCCCAAUUUACUUCAGGAGUAAGAGCUAUCACAUUUACUCCCAGGAACAACUGGUGCUUCUAACUUCUCUACAUCAUCAUGCUUCUAUUCUUCCUGUCUUCUGCAUGGAUGAGGAGAGACCCCCAAAAAAUGACAAUUCCACUUAUCUCUCCACUAUUGCAGUGGGGCACCUUUUCUGGUGAUGUCUUUGCCUGUAUGCUUCAGAAAUGUUUUCUGCCAAGUGAUGGGACAGAACAUUCCAGAACAGGGAAACUAUAAUCACCACAGAUAUCACAGGGUAUUUUGAAGGGGAUCCAAAUAAGACAAGCUAUAUGGCAUGUCCUUUCUUUUAGAGAUGAUUGAGCUAAGCUUUUUGCACACUUCAGCCGUAUACUUCUAUUCAUCAUGUGCUUCAUGAAUGAGAUAGACCGUGGCUUCAAUUGCACUGACUGUAAAUGACCAUUUUCCCUCUUUUUCCUUCUAAAUAGUCUAUUCCUAUCCUCCCCUCCACUGAAACAUUCUGUUCAUCCUCCCUUUUAGAGUUUAGAGAUUUAUUAUUAACACAUUCUCUCCUGCUCUCCCCAUCUCAAGAUUGAAUGCCUCAGUGCUUGAGAUGACCAUCAUAAUCAGAAUUUUCUGGAUAAAAGGUGUUAAUCACUGAUGUCAUAAUCAGAAUUAUCUGGAUAAAAGGUGUUAAACACGACCGUCAUAAUCAGAAUUAUCUGGAUAAAAGGUAUUAAUCACUGAUGUCAUAAUCAGAAUUUUCUGGAUAAAAGGUGUUAAACACGACCGUCAUAAUCAGAAUUUUCUGGAUAAAAGGUGUUAAACAGGACCGUCAUAAUCAGAAUUAUCUGGAUAAAAGGUGUUAAACACGACCGUCAUAAUCAGAAUUAUCUGGAUAAAAGGUGUUAAACACGACCGUCAUAAUCAGAAUUAUCUGGAUAAAAGGUGUUAAUCACUGAUGUCAUAAUCAGAAUUUUCUGGAUAAAAGGUGUUAAACACGACCGUCAUAAUCAGAAUUAUCUGGAUAAAAGGUGUUAAACACGACCGUCAUAAUCAGAAUUUUCUGGAUAAAAGGUGUUAAUCACUGAUGUCAUAAUCAGAAUUUUCUGGAUAAAAGGUGUUAAACACGACCGUCAUAAUCAGAAUUUUCUGGAUAAAAGGUGUUAAACAGGACCGUCAUAAUCAGAAUUAUCUGGAUAAAAGGUGUUAAACACGACCGUCAUAAUCAGAAUUAUCUGGAUAAAAGGUGUUAAUCACUGAUGUCAUAAUCAGAAUUUUCUGGAUAAAAGGUGUUAAACACGACCGUCAUAAUCAGAAUUAUCUGGAUAAAAGGUGUUAAACACGACCGUCAUAAUCAGAAUUUUCUGGAUAAAAGGUGUUAAUCACUGAUGUCAUAAUCAGAAUUUUCUGGAUAAAAGGUGUUAAUCACUGAUGUCAUAAUCAGAAUUUUCUGGAUAAAAGGUGUUAAAUAUGGCCCUCAUCAUUCAACAUUUCUGUAGAAACAGAGCUGAAUUUGGCCCUUAUUUUCAGAAUUUUCUGUAUUAAAGGUGUUGAUUAUGGAAUUCAUAAUCAGAAUUCUACUUUCUUUCCCAGAACCUAUCCCUGAGUCUCCCAAUUUACUUCAGGAGUAAGACCUAUCACAUUUACUCCCAGGAACAACUGGUGCUUCUAACUUCUCUACAUCAUCAUGCCUCUAUUCUUCCUGUCUUCUGCAUGGAUGAGGAGAGACCCCCAAAAAAUGACAAUUCCACUUAUCUCUCCACUAUUGCAGUGGGGCACCUUUUCUGGUGAUGUCUUUGCCUGUAUGCUUCAGAAAUGUUUUCUGCCAAGUGAUGGGACAGAACAUUCCAGAACAGGGAAACUAUAAUCACCACAGAUAUCACAGGGUAUUUUGAAGGGGAUCCAAAUAAGACAAGCUAUAUGGCAUGUCCUUUCUUUUAGAGAUGAUUGAGCUAAGCUUUUUGCACACUUCAGCCGUAUACUUCUAUUCAUCAUGUGCUUCAUGAAUGAGAUAGACCGUGGCUUCAAUUGCACUGACUGUAAAUGACCAUUUUCCCUCUUUUUCCUUCUAAAUAGUCUAUUCCUAUCCUCCCCUCCACUGAAACAUUCUGUUCAUCCUCCCUUUUAGAGUUUAGAGAUUUAUUAUUAACACAUUCUCUCCUGCUCUCCCCAUCUCAAGAUUGAAUGCCUCAGUGCUUGAGAUGACCAUCAUAAUCAGAAUUUUCUGGAUAAAAGGUGUUAAACACGACCGUCAUAAUCAGAAUUAUCUGGAUAAAAGGUGUUAAACACGACCGUCAUAAUCAGAAUUAUCUGGAUAAAAGGUGUUAAUCACUGAUGUCAUAAUCAGAAUUUUCUGGAUAAAAGGUGUUAAACACGACCGUCAUAAUCAGAAUUAUCUGGAUAAAAGGUGUUAAACACGACCGUCAUAAUCAGAAUUUUCUGGAUAAAAGGUGUUAAUCACUGAUGUCAUAAUCAGAAUUUUCUGGAUAAAAGGUGUUAAAUAUGGCCCACAUCAUUCAACAUUUCUGUAGAAACGGAGCUGAAUUUGGCCCUUAUUUUCAGAAUUUUCUGUAUUAAAGGUGUUGAUUAUGGAAUUCAUAAUCAGAAUUUUACUUUCUUUCCCAGAACCUAUCCCUGAGUCUCCCAAUUUACUUCAGGAGUAAGAGCUAUCACAUUUACUCCCAGGAACAACUGGUGCUUCUAACUUCUCUACAUCAUCAUGCUUCUAUUCUUCCUGUCUUCUGCAUGGAUGAGGAGAGACCCCCAAAAAAUGACAAUUCCACUUAUCUCUCCACUAUUGCAGUGGGGCACCUUUUCUGGUGAUGUCUUUGCCUGUAUGCUUCAGAAAUGUUUUCUGCCAAGUGAUGGGACAGAACAUUCCAGAACAGGGAAACUAUAAUCACCACAGAUAUCACAGGGUAUUUUGAAGGGGAUCCAAAUAAGACAAGCUAUAUGGCAUGUCCUUUCUUUUAGAGAUGAUUGAGCUAAGCUUUUUGCACACUUCAGCCGUAUACUUCUAUUCAUCAUGUGCUUCAUGAAUGAGAUAGACCGUGGCUUCAAUUGCACUGACUGUAAAUGACCAUUUUCCCUCUUUUUCCUUCUAAAUAGUCUAUUCCUAUCCUCCCCUCCACUGAAACAUUCUGUUCAUCCUCCCUUUUAGAGUUUAGAGAUUUAUUAUUAACACAUUCUCUCCUGCUCUCCCCAUCUCAAGUUUGAAUGCCUCAAUGCUCAGUGUCAAUAUUCAGUAUCCCAGUACUCAGUGCUUCAGUAGUAAGUGUCUUAAUCAUCAGUGUCUCAGUUAUGUAGUAAUCAGGACUCAGUACUCAGGGGUGAAUUCACUAAACACUUUUGUGCAUAGUAUUUCAGAUCAAAUCUGCACUUCUUCACUGACCAACCGAAAUCUAGUUUAAGCAGGUGCAGUCAGCACUAAAAUAACACUGGAUCUUGAGUAUUUAAAUUCAGUUUUUGUCAUUCCUGUCCGUGCAAACAGCUCAUUUUAGAUCCCUAGAGCAAUACACUUUGUUAAUGGCAUUUUAAUUAAAAAAGAUACUUGUGUACAUUUUUCCAUUGAUCAUAUCAGCAGUAAUUAAUCAAGUAAGGAUCAAACGAUAGAGGAGAGCUUUAUAACUUGGCAUAUAUCCAGAUGUGCGGUGUAAUCAAGUGCACUUUCGGCGUGUUAAAGAGAUGAUUCAGAUGUCUGGAUCACAGUAGUGGAGAGACGCUGUACAGACCGUGAACCAGAUUGCAGUGGUCUGAUAUAUCCUCCGAAAUACAGGGCUCAAAACCAGCCUGCAAUAUUGGAAUUCCAUCAAUGCAAUUUACAUUCAGCAGUUUUUUCUGGGUGCAUUUGCACCAUUGCAUGAUCUGCAUAAUUCCUUUAGUGAAUCUUUCACUUAAUCAGUGUGUGCAAUUUACCGGGAACAGUUCAUUCUUAUGGAAUUCACCCCUUAGUGUGUCAGUUUUUAGUACUCAAUACUCAUUUUCUAAGUAUCUAUGUACUCAGCAUCUCAGUGUGUCAGAACUGAAUAUCUUGUCUUCGCAAUCAAAUUAAAAAAGCAAAGAGCUGGUAUUUUUUUUUUUUAAGUUUAAAGCCACUGCCAUAAAGAGUACCAAAACUUUGCUAUGUAGAUGGAUGUAGGGAAGGGUGUAUAAAUAUAUGUAUAGAUGGUUUAUAGGUGAAUGUUUGUGAAUCUGCUUUUGUAAAUAUGCUAAUAAAUAUGCCACAUUUUGUACAUUUUAAGUUUCAUGUGUGAGAUUGUAGAUUUCUAUGUGCCUGUACAGUGGCAGUGCCAUAUAUGUAGCUCCAGGCAUGACACUGUGCAAUGUGAAACAACUGCUGAUACAAUCAAAAAUGUGCUUUUUUUUUUUUUUAAACGAAGAAAUAAAAAGUUGAAAGUUG